CAACAUGAUAGAAUUCCUUAAUUCCAUUAAAACAUAAGGAAUUGGUUAGUUGUGUAGGCUGGACAACAGCAGAUGAACUUUAUUCAUGCAGUGAAGAUCACCAAAUUAUGAAAUGGAAUUUGUUAACUGGUGAGACAACACAAGUAGUGAAGCUGCCUGAUGAUAUCUACCCCAUAGAUCUUCAUUGGUUUCCCAAAAGUGUAGGUGGAAAGAGGCAAACCCAAGCUGAAACCUUUGUGCUCACAAGUUCUGAUGGCAAGUUCCAUUUGAUUUCCAAGUCAGGAAGAGUGGAAAAAAGCGUUGAAGCCCAUUGUGGUGCUGUACUAGCAGGAAGAUGGAAUUAUGAAGGAACAGCACUUGUUACAGUUGGUGAAGAUGGACAAAUAAAAAUAUGGUCUAAAAGUGGAAUGCUGAGGUCAACUCUCGCACAGCAAGGAACACCAAUAUACUCAGUUGCAUGGGGUCCAGACUCCGAAAAGAUUCUUUACACAUCAGGAAAGCAACUGAUUAUCAAACCUCUUCAACCAAAUGCUAAGAUUUUUCAGUGGAAAGCCCAUGAUGGAAUUAUUCUCAAAGUUGAUUGGAAUUCUGUGAAUGAUCUUAUCCUAUCAGGUGGAGAAGACAGUAAAUAUAAGGUGUGGGACAGUUAUGGUCGGCUGUUGUACAGCUCUCAGUCACAUGAGUACCCUAUCACUUCUGUUGCUUGGGCUCUGGAUGGGGAGUUAUUUGCUGUGGGGUCAUUUCAUACAUUACGUCUAUGUGAUAAAACAGGGUGGUCUUAUGCGUUAGAGAAACCAAACACUGGCAGUCUAUUUAAUAUCGCUUGGUCUAUUGAUGGCACACAACUAGCUGGAGCUUGUGGAAAUGGACAUGUGAUUUUUGCCCACGUUGUGGAACAGCGCUGGGUAUGGAAAAACUUUGAAAUAACUUUAACUAAGAGAAGAACUAUGGAGGUUCGUAAUGUACUUAAUGAUGCAGUGGAUUUACUGGAAUUCCGUGACAGAGUCAUUAAAGCCUCACUGAACUAUGGGCAUUUGGUAGUUUCAACAUCUCUACAGUGCUACAUAUUCUCAAUUAAAAACUGGAAUACACCAUUAAUCUUUGACCUCAAAGAAGGAACUGUGAGUUUGAUUUUGCAAGCAGAAAGGCAUUUUCUUCUUGUAGAUGGUGGAGGAAUCUAUCUAUAUUCCUAUGAAGGACGUUUAAUUUCCUCUCCAAAGUUUCCAGGAAUGAGAACUGAUAUACUAAAUGCUCAAACUGUAUCACUGAGCAAUGAUACCUUAGCAGUAAGAGAUAAAUCCGAUGAAAAGGUUAUUUACUUGUUUGAAGCCUUGUCUGGAAAGCCACUUGGAGAUGGAAAGCCUCUUAGUCAUAAGACAGAAAUCGUGGAAAUUGCCCUAGACCAGAAGGGACUUACAAAUGAAAGGAAAGUUGCUUUUGUUGACAAGAACAGAGACCUUUAUAUUACUUCUGUUAAGAGGUUUGGGAAAGAACAAAAAGUAAUCAAAAUAGGAUCAAUGGUACAUACUUUGGCAUGGAAUGACACGUGCAACAUACUUUGUGGACUUCAAGACACACGGUUUACAGUCUGGUAUUAUCCCAAUGUAGUGUAUGUAGACAAAGAUCUCUUGCCAAAAAUCCUCUAUGAAAAAGAUGCAAGUGAAUUUAGUAAAAAUCCCCAGAUUGUGAGUUUUGUUGGAAGUCAAAUAACUAUCAGAAGAGCUGAUGGCUCACUCAUUCACAUGAAUAUUUCACCAUAUCCAACCAUACUUCAUGAAUAUGUGAGCAGUUCAAAGUGGGAAGAUGCCAUCCGACUCUGUCGCUUUGUUAAGGAUCUAACUUUGUGGGCAUGUUUAGCUGCAAUGGCAGUGGCCAGUAAGGAAAUGGAUACAGCAGAAAUAGCCUAUGCAUCCAUUGGUGAGAUAGACAAGGUUCAGUACAUCAGUUCUAUCAAAGAUCUUCCAUCAAAAGAAUCAAGACUGGCUCAUAUCCUGCUUUUUAGUGGAAACAUACAAGAUGCUGAAAUGCUGCUUCUUCAAGCUGGCCUUGUUUACCAAGCUAUUCAAGUCAACAUCAACCUUUACAACUGGGAAAGAGCACUAGAACUUGCUGUGAAACACAAGACACACGUUGACACGGUUCUGGCUUACAGACAGAAGUUCUUGGGUGACUUUGGUAAAAAAGAAACGAAUCAGCGAUUUUUGCAAUAUGCAGAAGGGGCAAGUAUUCUGCAGAACUUGAAUUUUACAAUUUAUUAUCUUUUACUUUUCAGGACAUUUUGAGGCUUAAUUCCUAAU